AUGCAAGCAGCACUGUCAAAGGCAGCACGGAAUGGACAUGAGGGAGUGGUCAAGUUGCUGCUUAUCAUGGACGGUAUCGACUCCGAUUCUCAGGAUCUACGGGGACAGACGCCACUAUUGAAGGCAGCACAAAAUGGACACGAGGGAGUGGUAAAGUUACUGCUUACCACGGACGGUGUUGACCCUGAUUCCCAGGAUUUGAAUGGACGGACGCCUCUAUCAUGGGAGGCUGAACAUGGGCAUGAAACACUGUUCAAAUCGCUGCUCGCCACAGAGGUAGUCAAUCCUGGUUCAAAGGAUCCUUGGGGAAAGACGCCAUAA